CCCCCGGAUACAAGCAGAAGCCAAACAGCAGCAUUAAGAUCAGCACCCGCAGACCGGACGGACCUCGAUAAUUCCCUAGAGUUCACCUCUAACGCCCCCCUUCCCCGGAGCCGCGCAAGCGUACACUGAUUUUGCUCCUCUCCCUCAUGCCCCCGCCUCCAACACCCCUCCACCCUCGUCUACCCCACCACGCAGGCGCAUCUCCUCAAAUCCUGUCCCUACCUCCCUCCUCUUUCUCGGCAUUUCGUUCCCCCUCCUCUUCCAGCACCUCAGCAGGUUCAAACUCUUCUCCCUCAGGGUGGCGGCGAUCGAGAGGUCACGUGAUGAGCAUCCUGCUGCCCAACAUGGCGGAGUUCGACACCAUCUCGGAACUGGAGGAGGAGGAGGAAGAAGAAGCGGCAACGUCGUCGUCGUCGCCGUCGUCGUCGUCGUCGGUAUCGGGGCCCGACGAUGACGAGGAAGAUGAGGAGGAGGAGGAGGAGGAGGAAGAAGAGGAGGAGGAGGAAGAAGAAGAGGUGGAGGAGACGCCGCCCCCGCCUCGGGUGGUGAGCGAGGAGCAUCUGCGGAGAUAUGCCCCCGACCCUGUAUUGGUGCGGGGCGCCGGCCACAUCACUGUGUUUGGCUUGAGCAACAAGUUUGAUACUGAAUUUCCCUCAGUUCUAACAGGGAAGGUGGCCCCUGAAGAAUUUAAGACCAGCAUUGGCCGUGUGAAUGCAUGUUUGAAAAAGGCUCUCCCAGUCAAUGUGAAAUGGCUGCUGUGUGGUUGUCUCUGCUGCUGUUGUACACUGGGUUGCAGCCUGUGGCCUGUUAUUUGUCUCAACAAAAGAACCAGAAGAUCAAUUCAGAAGUUAUUAGAAUGGGAAAAUAACAGAUUAUAUCACAAGCUUGCUUUGCACUGGAAGUUGACUAAAAGGAAAUGUGAAACUAGCAAUAUGAUGGAGUAUGUAAUACUAAUAGAAUUUUUACCAAAAUAUCCCAUAUUCCGACCUGACUGAGGAAUUUUAUUCAGUCACUUCUGUAUUACCUGUCAUUUCCUACCCUUAGUGCCUUGUAGAUGAUUUUGGAAUGAAGAUGGUCUCCUUUGCUGUGUUCAACUUAUUCUUUAUAAUGGUAGAAUAUUCUCCUCACACUUUUGUUUGUGUUGGUUUAAGAAGAAAUUUUGCACAUCUUUUUUUUGUUGUUGUUAAAUGAGGCUUGUGUUUUGCACUGUCAAUUUUUAAAUAAAUACACACACAUACGUAUAUGUAUAUGUAUAUAUAUAUAGUUGCCACUAAAAAUAAAACAUCAGUGCUGGUGUUUAAAAAACAAAAACAUGUUCUGAGCAUGCUGCCUUAUAAUUUUCAUACUCACUGUUUCUAAAUAUGCAUCAUUUUUCUAGGCUACUUAAUGCUCUGUAAUCCUGUACUAGACAUACGUAAAUAAGCUUUUGGUAGCUUUUAGAAAUGAUUUUACUCUUACCUGCUUUUAAAGGACAUGCAAUUAGUAGCACUGGUUUUGUCCUGCACUUUGCUAAAUUAUCACUUAUGUCAGUGGAUAAAAUAUUUAAACUCCUAAAGACUUGUAAAUAUUGUCUCUUCGCAUAUGUAAAACGUGAUAUGCUGUGGUUUACAGAAUGUAAUGUUACUCUUACUGUUUUGCCAACAAUUCUGCAUAGAUUUUAAUACGAAUGAAGUUUGCAAGCAUCCUUUUGAAUGUAUAGACUGUUAACAUACUGUUUUAUGGCACAGCCAUAAUAAGUAUGUUAAAAAUUUCAGGUGUGGGCAGGGCUGCCCUUUGCAAUGAGUAGGAUUAAAACUGAAAUCACUGUCUGAGAUAGUCUGCAUUGCACCUGAAACCAAGAACCUUAUUUUUUUCCACUUAAUUCAAUAAAUCCCAUUUUGUCCUCCCUUCCCACCCCCGAAAGAAUUCAUUUGACUCUUCUGAUGCAUUUCACAGCCUCACUCUCUUCGUUUCUUUUCCUUUAUGCAUCCUUUCCCUCAUUUGGAAAUAUACAGAAUUAUGACCUGUAAGGAGUGUUUCAAGAUUUCAGAUGUCUUAGGAACUGUCUAGACCCCCAUAAAAGCCACUUGUAACCCAUUGUUGGUGUUAAGAUAUUAUACUUUGAGAAAGAGGGAGAGCUCAUUGAAAAGCUGUACCUAAAGACUAUUUAGUGGCUGAUUCAUAAUUGAUAAAAUAUUCUUAAUCCUCUUUUUGAGGAUCCUUUUUGAACAUUUGGAUGUUAUUAACGAGGAAAGACAAGUGUUUAGAUGGAAGUAUUUUAGUUUAUAAAUUAGCCACACAUGUAGCCUUUUCAUUGGUAUGUGCAUAUUUCUCUUUCUCUUCACAUUAUUAUGAGUGAGAGCACCACACUAAUUCUUCUAGAAUUUGAAUUUUUAACAUAAUGAAAGCUUUACAUUGCAUUAAUUCAGCUGCAAAUUUUGCCUUUACAUAGGCAUUAUUUGUAAUUCCUAGUGCUAAAAAUAAAAGUAUCUGGGACUGAAUAAUACUUUAUCAUCUUAUUGCCUUUAGUAAACGUUUUUAGGCAAAUAUUCAUCCCAAUGACGAGAACAAUCAUUUCUUCAUACGAGGCCAAGCCUUUUAAAGCCACUUUUAAAAUGUAUCCCUAGCCCUGGACCAGUAAAAGAAGAGGGGGGAAAAAAGAGACAGUAUUUGAUAUGUGACUAUAAUUGUUUGCACGCACACUUUUCCACUUCCCUCUGUAGAAGCCCAUUACCCUCAUGCCACCCAGAAUCUCUAACUUUUAAUAUACUGUGUGUGCCUGCAAAUAUCAUUUGUCUGUCUGCUGCAAAAUCGAAGGUGUAUUUUUAUAGACAAAGUGGAAACCUCUGAAAAUGCAUACCAAAUGUCUUGUUUUAUAGCUAAGGUCAGGGAAAAAUUAUAUCCAUGGUUUAUGUUCGAGCUAGUAUCAUCAGGUUUAUGCUUCAAACUGUGACAGUUUAAUACCAAAAUUAAUUUCCAGCAUAAUACAAAAUUUCUAAUUAUCACUGAUAGAAUAAUUACUUCUAAGUGUCAACCCUUAAAAUUUCAUUUUUUUCCUGUAAAUUUAGAAUUUGGCCAUGUGAUGGUCAUAGUAACUUUUUCUGCCAUGUAUAAAUCACACUGGUUUUGCUCAAAAAACAGCAGGAAGUGAACUGUUUCCAUAAAACAAAUAUUGAGACGGGAAUAGAGUGCAUAUGGAGGUGACAGAGUAUAUAAUUCAAGUUACAGUAGUAUUUAUCAUAAAAACCAUUUACUAGCAUGUGUAAACUUAAUUUUAAAAUCUGCUCUAAUAGCUCUUACAUUUAUUGUAUUGUUCAUUAUGCUGGUUGACUCAUUUUCUUGAACCACUCAGAAUAUACCCUAUUUUCUUUUUUUCUGUCUUCUAUGACUGCUUUUUCAAACUAUUUUCCUUUGGAGGGGACUGAUUACCAGUUGGGUUUUGGAGUGUUUUGGGGGGAGUUGUUUCCUUUUCAGUGGUAUUGGCAGCAGUGAAUGCUGAAAUGACAGAGUACACUGUGGGCAUUAAUUCCUCCCCCUUGACCUUUUUCUCUUAUAUCCUCAGGAUAGAACAUACUUGGACAUUUCCAUCAAGUUAAUAAAAUACUUUUGUGACAGUUGUUUUUAGAUUGAAGAAACUAAUUUUGAAUUUCUUUGUUGCAUAAUAUUUCUUUAUGAAACCUGCUGUGGUUGUUUCCAGAGAAAAUAACAUGUACCUGCCAAAGUAUAUAAAUCUUACAAAGUUUUGAGGUUAAAAGUUACAACUGUUCCUGUUCUAACUUUCCUUUAUGCAUCUCCACCCCCAUAAGUUGUGUAUAAAGUGAAAGAAGCUCUAACCUUUUUCAGCUACUUUGUUCCCUUCUACUCCUUAUGUUAAUGUAAGAAAGAGACCCUUGUAGUCAAAUGUUAGAAGUAGAUGGAGAAGUGCCUUGUCUUCUUUGAAUAAAGAUAACAUUUUAUGUUGAAGGAAGCAGAAUGAAUGAAUUGGUAAAUCAUUAGAUUUAAAACUAUCCUUUUCAGGGGAGGGUGUAUCUCAGUGGUAGAGCGCAUGUUUAACAUGCACAAGGUACUGGGUUCAAUCCCCAGUACCUCCAUUAAAAAAAUAAUAAUAAAUAAAACCAUCCUUUUCAGUUAAGUAUAAGAAUAUUUCACUAGCAUAUUGUAUUUCUUCUAUUUAUUAUUUAAAUCUGUUUCCUUGGUUUCCUCCAAUCAUGUGAUGUAUCAGUGACAAAAUAUUACAGAACAAGACUAUGAGUCACUUACAAAACUAGUAUAAUUUUAAUACUAGUAAACAUAUAACUCAGCAUGUUUCUGGAUGAACAGUGGUCUUUGAAGCUCUACCAAAACCUGCUUAAGUAUUUAACGCACAGACUAUUCAUACUAUUAUGACCUAUAAACACUAAUGUCUGAUCAGUUAAUCAGACUGUAUUAAUAUUUAGCACUCUGCCAUUUUUAAUGAAAUUUAUUCUUAUUUUUUCAUAAUUUGAGUGAAGUUCCUUAACAUUUGUUAGCCUUCAAACAUAGGGUUUUUUUCAAAUGUAAGGGAGCUUUAAAAAUCAUUAGCAUUUUAAUCUUGUUUACAAAUAAAUCACCUCUUAAAUCAAAACUCACUCCUUGAACCUAAAGCCUCCAAACAGUAUUUCAUUAGAAUUGACUAAAUUGACCUGAGAGCAUAUAGAAAUUAUGUACACCCAUUUAAUUGGAGCAGUUUCACAUAGUGGAAGUACUUUUUGCUAAUUUGAUAAUAAGAUGCUCAAAUUCAUUGAAAUUAGGUCCUCCUAUGCCUAUAAAAUUCUGCUUUAAAAAAUCCAUUAUGCGACAAUUGUGAAAUUGUUCUGGUUUCUUUAAAUGGUGAACCAUUUGGAAAUUUUCCACAGAAAAUGAAUAGAUUUUAUUAAUAAUAUCUGUUCAUGUAGUAUGUGGACUGAAUAUAAGGAGAUAUAUAUAAGAUAAGGAUAUACAUGUUUAUAUCUCCUUAUCUUUCCCCUACUUUCUCUUUCCUGAUUCUGAGCCAGCCUUUUCAUUUUUAUGAUGGCAGCCUGAGAAUAUGUUCCAUUUUCUGUGGACUUUGUCAGAGUCAUACUAUAUGAGAAAAUAAUCUAAUGUGCUCCAGGAAAGUCAUUACAUUACAUUACAUUGCAUGUCAGUCUCUUCAUCUGUAAAAUCAUGGGGUUGAACCUAGAGCUGAAUGGAAAAUUAGAAGUCACAUAACAUUCUGUGAUUCUAGAAAUCCUUAGGACAUUUUUACUCUACAGAAUCUCAGAACGAUUUUUCUCAAAUCUACUACCUUUGGUGGAAACUCUCACAGUGCCUUGCACACAGUAAAAGUUUGAUUUGCUAACUGGCUCCUGGCUAAUGUUUGUUCGUAUCACACAGACUCAAAAAGCCUGAUGCCUGCUAGACCUCAGCCCCUCCAUGGUGAUAAGAAUGAUUGUAGUUUCCCUAGGAACUCAGGACUGAGAUCUGUGGGUUUUACCUAUGUGGAAUCUGACUAUAUGUAGUUGGUACCUGGGCAAAAAUUAUAGCUGUGACAACAAUGGAGAUACAAGAGGAUUCAUUUUGAUGUUGAUGUGAAAGAGUUUCAUAUCCUAUCCAAUAUCUGCUUCAGUGUCUUAUUUAGUUCCAAAUCCUCAAAAAGUUCUGUUGGAACAAAUUGAUAAUAUUAGAUGGAAAGAAAAGUAGUAUAGAAUUCAAACCCAAGUCAUUUCUGGUUUAAUUCUUAGCUCUGCUGCUUAAUUCCUCUGUACCUCAUGUCCUCAUUGUGGAAGUGGGGACAAUAAUCUGGACCUACCUCACAGGGGAAUUGAGGAUUUUAUUCAUAUAUUAAUGUGCUUUUUGAAGUUGACUGAAAGAUAUAUUGUAUAUCAUAAUUUUGUAAUUUCUAAAUAGAGUCCUUUAAGUCUAUGUUAUGUUUUCUUUCUCAGUCAAACCCUACAGAAUGAGUAUUGCAGUUAAUCUAUUUUGGGGAUAGUAAAUUUUGUUAUUAAUCCUGUAUGUGUUAACAUGGGUAAUUGUGUUAUGUUAAUACUUCAUUUAGGGAGGAAAAGCGGGUGGAUAUAAACCAAUGGUUUUCAACUUGGGGCAGAUGCCAAUAGCGGUGGGGGCAUCCUUGAACCUUUUUCAGUAUUUCAAAAAGUACACUAGAAAUCAUACAUUGAUCCAUAAUAUUCCUAUUGCACAAGCCAACUAAGACAUAGUCACACAUUUUGCUUAUUUUUUUUUUCGAUUUUGUUUAACACUGGCGAUGACACACUGAUCAGAAACUGAACGGCAGUUAUGAUUUUGAUUAAUUUUUUUUUAAAAUGAGAAAGCCUGUUACAUUCAAUUUAAUAAAUAAAAUACUUGAAAAUAUGGGGAAGAAAUAAUAAAAGAAUCCUUAUGGUAAAAAUGUUGGGAGCCACUUUUAUAAAGGAACUAAGAUUACUUGUUCUCCACAGGUUGCUUACCUAGUCCCUAAAUAAUGAAAUGCUAGAUUGUGUGUGUGUGUGUGUGUGUGUGUUGAUUAGAUUGGGCUGUAUAACUUCAGGUUAGAAUUUGCCUUCAGUUGUUUGUUUUUUUUCUGUUUCAGGAUGAUGUAAGUGAGCUAAUUUGUCUGGGUGUGUAUUUGUAAAUCAUACACACACAUUACAAAUGUGGAAAGUGUUAUACUGCCGUGUUCUAGCAUUGGAGUAAAUAUCAACUUCUGAGUCUCAAAGUAGUUCUGUGUAUAAAGUUAACGUGAUGAGUCAAGGCAAUAAUUUCUCAAAUGUUCCUUUUAUUCCUGCUUAUUUUGUUUGCAUCCAUAUUUGCUUAAUGUUUAAUUUUUCUGGUAAGCAAAUAGGGUAAAAUUGUUUUAUGCCUGGACUUUGAAACAAGCUACAAAUGUUUGAAAUUAUAUAAUCUAAAGGCUAGUUUGCCAUUCUUGGACUAACCACAUACAAAUAUGAAUCUCGGCUGCAAAAACUGGAAAUCCUGGUAGCUAGAAAGUGGGCAUUGAUCAAAACAUCUGUUUGAAAAGCCUAGGAUUUCUACUUGUUGGCAGAGGAUUCCUUUUGGGACAGUUUUACCAGGAAAGGAUAAAAGUGGAUAUGUCCAUUUAAGCUGAGAACUUUCAUGUAUCUUGUAUUGUUAUAUAGCCUGUGGAAUGAAUUCAUUCAUUUUUCUCCCUUGAGUUCGGGAGUGACUCCCCUGGAAGAACUCAACCUAUAUACAGCUGUGCCAAAAUGAAGGAUACCUGCCUCUCUGAAACUUUCACUGCUGCUUCUGUCGUUGUUCACUUGUCAGAUAUUAAAUUUUAUUAUCUCAGGAUGCAAAAUUACAAUAAAGUGCAAAUCUAUGUUAA